AUGGGACAAGGAUUUGAAGGAGACACAUCAUUAUACAUGUUACAAACAAUGGUUAAUUUAUCUGAAUUUGAUAUUGAGUUUGUAUGUAGAAUGGUACAUUCACAUGAAGUAAUGGAAUUUUUAACAGGAAUUAUGAAAAUGAGGUAUGGUGAUUUUCAAAAAUUUGUAUUACAAUUUAUUAGUAAUUGUCAUGACAAAUAUCCUGAUACUUAUAGUUAUAUUUCUAAUUUAUAUGAAUCUACUAUUGACGUGUGUUGGCAGGCAUCAAAUGCAAUAAUUAUUCAAAUGUUUUCAUUUAUUAAUUCUGUAUUAAUAACACCAAAAUACACUGAAAGUGCUAUUCAAGUUAUUAGAAAUAAUGAGAGAUUUAUUUCUUUUUUAAUUACAUCAACAGCUAAUCAAAAUGUAGAAGCUGCAUUUUUUUCAAUUGAGUUAAUGAAUUUUAUGUUGAUGGCUAAGAAAGAUGAUUUUAAUUUAAUUCAAGAAUUCCAAAGAAAAGGAAUAAUAAUUCAUGUCCUUUCCGCUUUAACAAGACCUUCAGUACAAGAAAACCCUAAUAUAGUUUCUGAUUUACUUGAUAUUAUUAUCGUUUGUAUGUCUUAUGAAAUAACCAAUGAAUCAAAUAAUAUGGUUGGAGAGAAUUUUGACUUUUCGCCUAUACAAGACUUCGAAGAAAAAGAUGGAAAAGAAGUCAUUGACACUAUUUGUUUAUUAUUCCCUGAAUUUGACAAUAAAGUUAACAUAAUUAAACAAAUUGUUUUUUCUAAAAGAAAUGAUGUAUCGAAUCAUCUUUAA